GCGGCCAUCGGGAACCGCCGGUCCUGGGCGCUUCCGCCGGGAGCGAUGGCGCCGCCGGGGCCGCUGCGCGUGGUGAGCCACGGCGGGCGGCGGUUCCUCUGCUUCUGCGGGGACGGAGGCGCCUCUCCGCGGCUGCACCUGACCGACGCUUGCGAGUUCUGGAGCUGCAGCGUCCCUCCGGAGAAGCUGAGCGGGCAGGAGGAGCCGGGCUCUCCCGCCACCGGCUGCCUGUCCAGACUGCGGGAGAUCUUGCAGGGCCAGAUGCCCAUCCUCGCCCUCCACGACAGCAAGGCCACGCUGCAGGUCCAGGACGGCGGGCAGAGCGUGACCUUCGACCUGGACCAAGCCUCGCUCCCCGAGGCCAGGCGGCAGCUGCAGGACCUCACCUUCGGCCUGGUGGAGCAGCUGCAGACGCUGGAGAAACGCCUGGAAGAGGGCACAGCCGCCGCCUUGGCCCACAGGAGCCCCGAGAAGAUCUCACCAAGCCAGAGCCUCUUGGGAGCAGACUUCAGUCCGCGGAAGCCCAGAGGAGGGGCUGGUCCGAGCAAGUGGCGUCUGCCUGGGGAGUCCCUCAUUAACCCUGGAUUCAGAAGCAAGAAGACCCCGACGGGGGUCGACUUUGAAGAUGCCUGAACUGUUUUCCAAAUCAAAUGGGAAAGAACUACUUCAUCAUGGAUGUUUUUAAAAUUAUUUAAGCCUUAAAACUAUGCCAAGUAUAUUUUUGUAUGUGCUGUAUAGAAAGAAGAUUAAGUGAUUUUACUCACU